AAGCUCCCGAACCAACUCCGAGCUCUCUACGCAUCCACCACCCGUCACCGGCUUCUCUCUCCUCGAUUCCCGAACCCUAACGAAGCUUUCCGAGACCUCCUUCUCGGUUCCAAUGGCAGACUCUUCUCGGACGAAAGAAAUUUGAAUUUCUAAUUUCUAAUUUCCAAUUUUCCAAAUCGAAAGAAAGAUGGCUGAAGAAUCGACGCGGUCCCCCGUCAGGCUUAUGAAUUUCGUGUCGGAGGAGCAGGCAGCAGUAGCAGUACAGUCUAUGAUUGUACACGAGCUUAAGGAAACGCCUCCUGUUCCCGUAGUCCAGGAACAGAAGGCAGCUGGGAAGAAGAAUCCUCCUGCUCGUCCCAUAGGUAUGAUCAUAAAAGUCAAGCCACAAGCAAAAAAAGCCUGCUCGUCCCAUUACCAUUCUCAUUACCAUUCCGUCACUAUAACUAAACGCACCCUGAGCGUGGAGAGGGAGCGCUGCAAUGUGCGUUUGACAAGAUUGACAAUUUAA